AUGACAUUAAAUUGUCUCUUUACUUAUAAUAUUACUAAACCUUCUCUCUCAUUUAUAUUACUAAAUUGUUCUCCCAUUUAUAAUAUUAAACCUUCUCUCUAUUUAUAUUACAAACCUUCUCUCUCAUUUAUAUUACUAAACCUUCUCUCUCAUUUUAUUUAUUGUCUCUCUAUUUAUAUUACUAAACCUUCUCUCAUUUAUAUUACUAAAAUUUCUCUGUUUUACUUAUAUUACUAUACCUUUCCUCUCCCAUUUAUAUUACGAAAAUUGUCUCUCUCACUUACAUUACUAAAUCCUCCUCUCCUAUUUAUAUUACUAAACUCUUCUCUCUCACUCUUUUCCAUCCUCCCUCCUCUCCCCCAUUUCCUCUGCCUUUCUUUAAUUCUGCCUCUUCAGUCUUUUCAUCCUCCCUCUCUCUCAUUUCCUCUGCCUUUCUUUAAUUCUGCCUCUUCAGUCUUUCCAUCCUCCCUCCUCUCUCAUUUCUCUAGCCUUUCUUUAAGUCUGCCUCUUCAGUCUUUUCCAUCCUCCCUCCUCUCUCAUUUCCUCCGCCUUUUCUUUAAUUCUGCCUCUUCAGUCUUUUCCAUCCUCCCUCCUCUCUCAUUUCCUCUAGCCAUUCUUUACCUUUCUUUAAGUCUGCCUCUUGAGUUUUUCCAUCCUCCCCUCUCUCUCAUUUCCUCUGCCUUUCUUCGUCUGCCUCUUCAGUCUUUUCCUCCCUCCUCUCUCAUUUUCCUCUGGCCUUUCUUUAAUUCUGCCUCCUUCAAUCUUUUUAAUCCUCCCCUCCUCUCUCAUUCCUCUAGCCUUUCUUUCAUCUUCCUCUUCAGUUUUUCAUCCUCCCCUCUCUCAUUUCCUCUUCCUUUUCUUUGUCAGUCUUUGACUCUUCGUCAUUUUUUCCAUUCUCUCUUCCUUUCCCUCUCUCUCUGUUUCCUCUUGCCUUUCUUUAUUCUGCCUCUUCAUCUUUUCCAUCCCCCCUCUCUCAUUUCCUCUAUCCUUUCUUUUAAGUCUGCCUCUUCAUCUUUUCCCAUCCCCUCCUCUCCCAUUUCCUCUAACCUUUCUUUAAAUCUGCCUCUUCAGUCUUUUCCAUCCUCCCUCUCUCUCUUUCCUCUAGCCUUUCUUUCAUUCUGCCUCUUCAGUCUUUUCCAUCCUCCCUCUCUCUCAUUUCCUCUAGCCUUUCUUUCAUCUGCCUCUUCAGUUUUUCCAUCCUCCCUCCUCUCUCAUUUCCUCUACCCUUUCUUUAAGUCUGCCUCUUCAGUCUUUUCCAUCCUCCCUCUCUCUCUUUUUCCUCCCUCCUCUCUUUCCUCUGCCUUUUCAGUCUUUCAUCCUCCCCUCUCUCCCAUUUCCUCUCAUUUCUUUCCUUUCUUCGUCUGCCUCUUCAAUUUUCCAUCCUCCCUCCUCCCUCAUUUCCUCCUGCCUUUCUUUGAAUCUGCCUCUUCAGUCUUUUUCCAUCCUCCCUCUCUCUCAUUUCAUCUAGCCUUUCUUGUGCCUCUGCAGUCUUUUCCAUCCCCCUCUCUCUCAUUUCCUCUAGCCUUUCUUUUAAAUCUGCCUCUUCAGUCUUUCCCAUCCUCCCCUCCUCUCUCAUCUUCCUCUAGUCUUUCCAUCUUCUUCUCAUUCUCUAGCCUUUUCUUCGUCUGCCUCUUCAGUCUUUUCCAUCCCUCCCCUCCUCUCCAUUUCCUCUAG